GAUAUACGGGGCUAUAAAUACAUGUUCUCUCCUUGAUCACAGCCACCCUAAACCCUAAGUUCGCAGGCGGCAGUCAACCAUCAUGGUGCACGUCUCCUUCUAUCGUAACUACGGGAAAACUUUUAAGAAACCUAGGCGUCCCUAUGAGAAGGAACGUUUGGAUGCUGAGCUGAAACUCGUAGGAGAGUAUGGGCUCCGUGCCAAGAGGGAACUCUGGAGGGUCCAGUAUGCAUUGAGCCGCAUUCGUAAUGCUGCCAGAAUGCUUCUAACCCUUGAUGAGAAGAACUCACGCCGUAUCUUUGAGGGUGAGGCGCUUUUGAGGAGGAUGAAUAGGUAUGGGCUUUUGGAGGAGAGCCAGAACAAGCUGGAUUACGUGUUGGCUCUUACGGUGGAAAACUUUCUUGAGCGCCGCCUCCAGACACUUGUUUUCAAGGCUGGUAUGGCUAAGUCGAUCCACCAUGCCCGAGUUCUCAUUAAACAGAGGCACAUUAGGGUUGGGAGGCAGGUGGUCAAUAUUCCAUCUUUCAUGGUGAGGGUGGACUCGCAGAAGCACAUUGAUUUCUCUCUCACAAGUCCCUUCGGUGGUGGACGCCCUGGUAGAGUGAAGCGAAAGAACCAGAAGUCUGCAGCCAAGAAAGCAUCUGGUGGAGAUGGAGAUGAAGAAGAUGAAGAAUGAGCUGUAUGAGCUGUCAUGUUCUUUGACAGUGAAUUUCUGGUUUAUCUUACAAAGUUUGUUUAAGACUUUCAAUCUCUUUGGUAUCCUAAGAUAAAAGAGGUUUAUGCGCGGAUCUUUGAGUUAUUAGGGUUUUACCAUUUUGAGAUUAUCUGUCAUUGUCUUUGUCUUUGGAAUUUAUUGUUUUCUUGAUAAUCUAGCUAGCCCUUGUUAUACGCUUGGACUAAGUUUGUAGUAUUUUAUCUUCCCUUGUGUUUG